CUUUUCCGUUUGUAAAUAUGCCGCCUAAAGGUAAGCUAGGCAAGGGACCCAAAGGAGUAAAAGGCAAGGCAAAAAAAGGCAAGAAAAUUGCCGCCGCGCCACUAGUAGCCAAGAAGAAGGUUGAGGUUAAAAAAACCGUAAAUCCUCUGUUUGAGAAACGCCCGAGAAAUUUUGGAAUUGGCCAAGAUAUCCAACCGAAGAGGGAUUUAUCCAGAUUCGUUAGAUGGCCAAAAUACAUCCGACUACAACGUCAACGGGCUAUUUUGUUUCAACGUCUGAAGGUCCCUCCACCAAUAAACCAGUUCAAAUUUACUUUGAGUAAAGAAAAAACUACUCAACUUUUGAAGCUUAUGGACAAAUACAAGCCUGAGACUAAGCAAGCUAAGAGUCGCAGACUCAAGAAAAGAGCUGAUGAAAGAGCUGAAGGUAAACCCGAUGCUCCUACCAAAAGACAACCAGUUGUUCGCUCCGGUAUCAACACCGUUACCUCCCUGGUUGAACAAAAGAAAGCUCAACUUGUCGUAAUCGCCCACGAUGUUGAUCCAAUCGAAAUUGUUCUUUUCUUACCAUUUUUGUGCCGAAAAAUGGAUGUCCCCUAUUGCAUUGUCAAGGGAAAAGCUCGUUUGGGACGUGUUGUUCGUAGAAAGACCGCUUCCUGUCUGGCCUUGAGUAAUGUCAAUCCAGAAGAUAGAUCCAAUUUGAAUAAACUGGUCGAAUCAGUAAAAACCGACUUUAACAACCGAUUUGAUGAGCUAAGAAAAACUUGGGGUGGUGGUAUUAUGGGAGCAAAAUCCCAAGCACGCAUGGCCAAGAUUGAAAAAGCUAAAGCCAGAGAACUGCAAUCUAAAAUGGCUUAAAUUGAAUUUGUUUGAAAAUAAAAAGUUGAUGAAUGAGA